AUGGCCGCCACACUCAGCCCUUCCCAAGCGAGUCUAAUCAGUCAUGCAAUGUCCGUGGGCGCCUUGAAAUUCGGUUCGUUCACGCUCAAAUCCGGACGGCAGUCACCCUACUUCUUUAACUCCUCGCUGCUCUCGUCGGGUUCCACCUUGUCUGUCUUGGCCACUGCUCUCGCAGAUACCCUCGCUAAUGUGGGUGAUUUCGACAUAUUAUUUGGCCCGGCGUAUAAGGGAAUACCCUUGGGUGCAAUUACGGUUGUCAAGCUGUUCGACAAGUACGGACGGGAUGUCGGUAUGGCCUAUGAUCGAAAGGAGGUCAAGGAUCACGGCGAGGGCGGGAUGCUUGUCGGAGUUCCAAUGGCGGGAAAGAAGGUGGUCAUCGUGGACGACGUUAUGACAUCCGGAAAGGCUAUUCGGGGUGCCAUCGAUGCCGUACGGAGUGCUGGUGGUGAAGUGGUCGGCGUCGUGCAGUGUCUUGAUAGGGAAGAGGUCGGACGAGAGGAAGGAACGAGCACAGUCCGGGAAGUAGAAGAAAUAGUAGGACGCGGAAAAGUGCGCGCGAUACUCAGGAUGCGAGAUUUAAUGGGGUGGCUCGAGAGUGAAGGAAAGACGCUGGAACUGGACGGCAUGAAGGAAUAUACACUAACUGCGAAGGUCCGGUCAAGAGUUCAUAACGUUCAAGCUGCAAGCAUGCAUCGCGCCAGUCCAGUUUCGCCGCAAAGAACGGAGCGUGGAGACAACAUUGCAUUGUACCUUCUAACUACUCAGCCCAAUCCAGAGCGCUUAGCAAACGCCGAAACGUUCUUUGACAUAGAUCGCACCUCGAAAGAGUCCAAACAGACUCCGAAGGAGGCGCGCCCUACCGAGACUGGCGAUAGUAUUCUAUCAGAUCUUCACGUUUUCUGA